UAAGGAAUGUACACGCUUUUAAAUCAUGUAGACACUCCUGGGUCGGCAGAAGACCCUUUUCUCAGUCUUGUUCAUUAUCUAAAAGUGGACUUAAACUGGGCCGCAUCCCCGCCGCUUAUUACCGCGGCGGCACGUCUCGCGGCGUGAUCUUUCAGACCAAAGACCUUCCCCCAUCCCGGGUAGACUGGGCACCCAUAUUCCUCGGAAUAAUGGGUUCUCCGGACCCAAAUGGGCGCCAGCUCGAUGGUCUUGGGGGUGGAAUAUCGAGUCUAUCCAAGAUAUGCGUCGUCGGCCCACCGACCAGGCCGGGUGUGGACGUGGAGUUCACCUUUGUCCAGGUUGGUGUGAAAAAUUCUGACAUCGACUAUUCGGGGAAUUGCGGGAAUUUGAGCAGUGCGGUUGGGCCCUUUGCUGUUGACUCGGGGAUCUUCAGACCAUUGAAGGACAGUGGAGAUGUCUCGGUGCGGAUAUUCAAUACCAAUACGGGAAAAGUUAUCGAGUCUACAUUUCCGGUGUGCGAUGGCGAGGCGGUCGCACAGGGCGAUUUCGCGAUUGAUGGGGUAGCUGGCACAGCUUCCAAGGUCAAGCUUGAUUUUAUGAACCCUGGUGGGUCGAAGACGGGUGGGAUGCUCCCCACGGGGAAUGUGGUGGACUGCAUGGAUGGCAUCCGUGCCACGUGUGUGGAUGUAGGGAAUCCAUCUGUAUUUGUGUCCGCUGAAGAGCUUGGGAUUGAUGGAACGAUUCUUCCAGACGAAACGCAGAAUAUGCCGAGGCUGUUGGAGAGAUUAGAGUCUAUUAGGCAAAAAGCCACUAUGAUGAUGGGAAUGGCCGAUUCCCCCGAGGAGGUACCGGCGUCCAUUCCGAAGAUAUGUUUCGUUUCCCAGCGUAAUUCGCAUAUGCUGCUCUCGGGUGAGAGACUGGAAGCGGAUUCUGUUGAUGUUGUUGUGCGUGCGAUCUCUGUGGGCCAGCCCCAUAAGGCGUUGCCAAUAACGACGAGUUUGAGUUUGGCGGUUGCUGCGAAGAUUCCUGGCUCUAUUGUCCAUCAGCACGCUCGGUCUGGCGUUGAAAAUAAAGAGGAGUUGGUGAUUGGGCAUCCAAGCGGAAAGCUGGUGGUCGGUGCAAAGCUUGACGAUAAUGGGGAAGUAGAGAGAGCAACAGUGUAUCGAACUGCGAGGAGAUUGAUGGACGGCAUUGCCUACUGGAAAUAACAUGCUCAAAACAUAUGUCUUGCUACUCUAUUGGUGUGUUUAAGGGCCGGAUUCCCACCUUCUCUCAAGUCUGAUAAUAGGCAGUCGUCGUCGUCGGGUGUUCGCUCAACGUCCUCCCAUGUAGCGAAGCACGUAUGCUAAUUUUGCAAGUAUUAGUCAAGCGGCUAGUACAUAGAUAUUAAAAUAAAUAGCAAGUAAAUAGAUUUGUACAUACAUAUAUUGUUAAA